AUGAAAAUUUCCAGAGAAUGUGUUCAGUUCCAAAUACAAGCUGCAAAGAAUCUCGAGAUGCUGUUACUACUGUCAUCGGGUUCGGUCAGCGGACCAUCAUUGGUACCAACAUAUUUUAACAGUAGUGACAGAAACCAUGGAGCACCAUCGCUUCAUCGUCGCCAUCGCCAUCAUCGCGGUGAUCAUUCACUUCAUCAGCACGGAACGCACAUAAAAGAUGAGGCUGUACACAAACCACACGAUAAGGUUAAUGCAGAACCGAUUCAGUCACAUUAUCAGCAGCUCUCAGGAACAAUAAACGGUUCAGAGAGCACAUUUAUAUCUACAGAAAACGUAUCCUCAGACUUGGGUUAUCAUUCUGUAGGCACCAUAAAGGGUAGAGCUAUUGAUCUUACUACUGAAAGUUCUGUUUCAUCACUAGGCACUGGAGAUUCAAAACAUACUUCCGCAGAUUCUAUUUCGCCAUUUAGUACCGGAGUUACCGGAUACACCAACAGUUCUAUUUCAUCACCCGGUAUUAUAGAUACCGAACAUACUAAAGAAAGCGCUCCCACUUCACAGGUUAUUACACACUCUAUACCAUCUCCAACAGGAAAUACAGAUAUAGCUUCAGAACAUUCCAUAACCGUGAUGCCAAUAAACAAAAGCCUUGAUAAAACGUCUUUUAUAAACAGCAGUAAUGAUCACACUUUUUUAGACGCCACGUAUAAAACGUCAUUUGCUGAUACGAACAAAACGGUAGCCUUGGCGCCUUCUGGUUCACUAGAAACACCUGCGGGUCACCACAGACAGAAGCGCGACUUGCUGACAGGUUGGAUGAUCUUCCCAGGAACCAAGUGGUGCGGUGAUGGAGACAUCGCGGAGAGCAAACACGACAUGGGAUACCAUCUGGAAUUAGACAAAUGCUGUCGCCGACACGACCUCUGCCCACUGGUCAUUUCCAGACUGACCUGGAAGUACGGCAUGUUUAACUACAGGCUCCACACACUGUCCCACUGCCGAUGCGAUCGAAA